AUGACCUCGAACUGGAACCCGGACAUACGAUGGCUAGAAGGCCAUGGUGAAGAAGUACUCGCAUCGGCGUCAUGGGAUCGGACUAUCAGGCUGUGGGAUGUGAUAACAGGUGAAAAGCUACAGAAAAUUGAGGAACAUGACAGCGAAGUCACAGCCCUGGUCUUUUCGCGCGACGGGCAACUUCUUGCAUCGGCGUCCGGGGACAGGACGGUCAGGCUGUGGGAUUAUCGUACUAAACCAGCAGGAGAGAUACUGAAGCUCGAAGGGCAUGAUAAAGAGAUUACAGCUAUAGCUUUCUCUCCUGACGGGCAGCUACUUGCAUCCGUGCCCUGGGAUGCGGUUCAACCAUGGAACACAACAACAGGAGAAAGGAUGCAGAAGCUCGAAGGUGGUGGUAAAGAAGUUGGACCUUUGGCUUUCUCCCCUAACGGGAAGGUGCUCGCAGCCGCUCCCUGGGACGCCGUUCAGUUGUGGGACAUUGCCACGGGCAGAGAGAUGCACAAGCUCCAACACAGGUGGCCGGUCAGGGCUAUCGCGUUCUCUCCUGACGGACGUACACUUGCGACCGGAGUCAAUGACGAUAUAAUCCGGCUGUGGGACGUGACGACAGGCGAAGAAGGACGGAAGCUCAAAGGGCACCAGCUUGCUGUUAGGGCUGUAGCGUUUUCCCCCAACGGCCAGCUACUUGCCUCAGCAUCUGAGGAUGAAACAAUCCGGCUGUGGAACGUUACAACAGGCGAAUCGACGCCAUCGUUCAAAGGUCACAGGGAAGGGCUUACGGCUGUUACCUUUUCUCCUAACGGCCGAGUGCUCGUGUCGUGGUUGUGGGAUCAAGAAAUUAGGCUAUGGAAGGCGACCACUGGCGAAGAGAUACAAAAGAUCGAAGGGUACGGAGGAAUUACGGCUGUAGCGACUGUAGUAUUCUCUUCCGACGGCCAGGUGCUUAUAGCUACGUGUGAUGACAAGGCGAUCAUGCUAUGGAAGGCGACGAUAGACGAAGAGAUGUAG